GAGAUAAAAGGCCCAGUCUGUGACACCUGUUUUCACUGAGAAUCGUAGUUCCACCAAGAGGAAACAUGGGUCACUACUUGUACUUCUCUGCUGAGACAUGGACCCUGCUGAUUGCCUUUGUCACGUUACUCCUAGUGUAUGCCUACUGGCCUUAUGGGGCUUUCAAAAGAUUAGGGAUCUCUGGCCCCAAACCCAUCCCGUUUUUUGGAACAAUGCUGCAUUAUCGAAGGAGUGUAGACAUCGACUCCCUGAACAACCCAGCCGACCCGUUUGUGACAAAUAUCAAGAAGAUGUUGAAGUUUGACUUUUUAAACCCCCUCUUCCUCGCAGUCGCGUUUUUCCCCUUUCUCGGUCCCGUACUUGAAAAGUUUGAAUUUUCUUUUUUUCCUGCAUCUGUGACCGACUUCUUCUAUGCUUCUCUGAGAAAGAUCAAAGCUAACCGUGAAGGCAGCAAAGACAAGAGUCGGAUAGAUUUUCUACAACUGAUGAUUGAUUCCCAAAAGAACAGUGAGGUGCAACAGGAAAAAAGUUUAAAUGACCAUGAGAUUCUAUCUCAAUCCAUGACAUUCAUUUUUGCUGGU